AUUUCCACACACCAAUUAUUUCAACAACAAAAUCCCAACAGAAUUCAAAAACCCUAAUUCAGGAAUUCACACUAAAACACAAACAAAAUGUUUCAAGAUCAAUCUUUCAUGUCAGAAUCUGAUCUAUCUUUUCUUGACUCAAUCCAACACCAUCUCCUCUUUGAUUCCCAAAUCCCAGAUCUUUUUCCGGUAAUAGAUAGUGGAUAUUCCGGCAAUGUUGCAACCGUAGGAGAUAUGUCGGUUUCUAGCGGGUUCGUGCAGCCGGUUGUGAAGCUUGAGAGACCAGAAGUGGUGGAAAACCAGGAGUUUCAAGGGACUCAAGUGGCUCAAGAGUUUAGGAAGUUUAGGGGGGUGAGGCGGCGGCCGUGGGGGAAGUACGCGGCGGAGAUAAGAGACCCUGCGAAGCGUGGUGCGAGGGUGUGGCUUGGGACGUAUGAGACGCCUGAGGAUGCUGCUGUGGCUUAUGAUCAAGCUGCCUAUAAGAUAAGAGGGUCUAGGGCCUUGUUGAAUUUUCCACAUUUGAUUGGGACAAAUAUGGUGGAGCCCGUAAGGGUGGCUCCGCGGCGGAAGACGGUGAUGAGGGAUGUGUCGCCGCCGUCGUCGUCUUCUGAAGAUGGUGGUGUAAAGAGGGCAAGGAUAAGUAGUGGUAGUGAUACCAUGGUUGAUGACUUUUGCUACAGGCCUUAUUAAGAUGUAAUGUUUCAUCAACUUAUUUGAUUUGUUCUAUUCUUUUAAUUAACUGAAACUUAAUUAGCAUUUCCAUUUUGUUAAUAAGUUUACAUGUACCUAAAGGUUUUGUAAUUUCUUAUAUUUCAAUGUAAUUAAUUACAUUCUGAUUUC